GAAAGGGGGGGAAGAGAAUGGAGCCACCGUCCUGACCCCACAGCGGGAGUGAGAACUAGCAGCCCCGGCGAAGCCUGGGGACGCGAGCGAGAGGCAGAACGACGGUGUGCGAAAGGGACCGGCGGCGACCGCGGGGCGCGCGCGGAUGUCGGUGUCCCCAGGGCUAGGGAUGCCCUCUGCAUCUUUAUUAGUAAAUCUCCUUUCAGCUUUAUUCAUCCCUUAUGUGUUUGGAGAAACAGAAAUAAGGUUUGCCGGACAGACAACAUUUGUAGUUAAUGAAACAAGUACAACAGUUAUUCGUCUUGUCAUCGAAAGGAUAGGAGAGCCAGCAAAUGUCACUGCAAUUGUAUCGCUGUAUGGAGAUGACACUGGUGACUUUUUUGACACAUAUGCUGCAGCUUUUAUACCUGUUGGAGAAACAAAUAGAACAGUGUACAUAGCAGUAUGUGAUGAUGACUUGCCAGAGCCCGACGAAACUUUUACUUUUCACUUGACAUUCCAGAAACCUUCAGCAAAUGUGAAGCUUGGAUGGCCAAGGACUGUUACGGUGACAAUAUUAUCAAAUGACAAUGCAUUUGGGAUUAUUUCAUUUAAUAUGCCUUUUUCAAUCACAGUGAGUGAACCUAGGGGCAGAAAUGAAUCUGUGCCUCUUACUCUCAUCAGAGAAAAAGGAACUUAUGGAAUGGUCACUGUGACUUUUGAGGUAGAGGGUGGCCCAAAUCCACCUGAGGAAGAUUUGAGCCCAGUUAAAGGAAAUAUCACCUUUCCCCCUGGCAGAGCAACAGUAAUUUAUAACUUGACAGUACUUGACGAUGAGGUACCAGAAAAUGAUGAAAUAUUUUUGAUUCAACUGAAAAGUGUAGAAGGAGGAGCUGAGAUCAACAUCUCUAGGAGCUCAGUUGAGAUAAUCAUUAAGAAAAAUGAUAGUCCCGUGAGAUUCAUUCAAAGUGUUUAUUUGGUACCCGAGGAAGAUCACAUACUCAUAAUUCCAGUGGUUCGUGGGAAAGAUGACAGUGGGAAUCUGAUUGGAUCUGAUGAAUACGAAGUUUCAAUCAGUUAUGUUGUUAUAACCGGGAAUUCAACAGCACAUGCCCUGCAGGACUUAGAUUUCAUUGAUCUUCAGCCAACCACAACUAUUGUUUUUCCACCUUUUAUUCAUGAAUCACACCUAAAAUUUCACAUAGUUGAUGACACCAUUCCAGAGAUUGCUGAAUCAUUUCAUGUUGUAUUAUUAAAAGAUACCUUGCAGGGAGAUGCUGUGCUGUUAGGCCCUUCUACUGUGCAAGUCACAAUUAAGCCAAACGACAAACCUUAUGGAGUCCUCUCAUUCAACAGUAUCUUGUUUGAAAGGACAGUGGUAAUUGAUGAAGAUACAACAUCAAGAUUUGAAGACAUUACAGUGGUUAGGAAUGGUGGCACCCAUGGGAAUAUUUCUGUGAACUGGGAAUUGACACGGAAUAGCAGUGAUGCUUCACCGGUAAUAGCAGAUAUCAGACCAAGUUCCGGAGUUCUCCAUUUUGCACAAGGGCAGAUGUUGGCAUCAAUUCCUCUUACUAUCAUUAAUGAUGAUUUUCCGGAAGAGGCAGAAGCUUAUCUACUUCGGAUUCUGCCUCAUACUAUAAGAGGAGGUGCAGAAGUGAGCGAACCAGCAGAGCUUUUGUUCUACAUUCAGGAUAGUGAUGAUGUUUAUGGCCUAGUAAUAUUUUUUCCUAUGGAACACCAGAAGAUUGAAAGCAGCCCGGGUGAACGAUAUUUAUCCCUGAGUUUUACAAGACUAGGAGGAACCAAAGGAGAUGUGAACAUGUUUUAUUCUGCACUUUAUAUUCCUGCUGGAGCUGUAGACCCUUUGCGAGCAAAAGAUGGCAUCUUAAAUACAUCCAGGAGAAAUAACCUCAUUUUUCCAGAGCAGAAAACCCAAGUUACUACAAAAUUACCAAUAAGAAAUGAUGCAUUCCUUCAAAAUGGGGCCCACUUUCUAGUAAAGUUGGAAACUGUGGAGUUGGUGAACAUAAUUCCCCCAAUCCCACCUAUAAGUCCUAGAUUUGGGAAAAUCCAAAAUAUUUCUUUAGCGGUUACUCCGGACAUUGCAAAUGGAGAAAUUGGCUUCAUUAGCAACCUUCCAAUCAUUUUGCAUGAACCAGAAGAUUCUGCUGCUGAAGUGGUCUACAUUCCCUUACAUCGAGAUGGAACUGAUGGCCAGGCUACUGUCUAUUGGAGUUUGAAGCCCUCUGGCUUUAAUUCAAAAGCAGUGACCCUGGACGAUAUAGGUCCCUUUAAUGGCUCUGUUGUGUUUUUAUCUGGGCAAAGUGACACAACAAUCAACAUUACGGUCAAAGCUGAUGAUACACCGGAAAUGAAUGAGACGGUAACACUUUCUCUAGACAGGGUAGAAACCAAAAGGUUUGUCGUGUUUUUUGGCGUCAGUGUGGAAAAUCAAGUGCUAAAAUCUGGAUAUACUAGCCGUGACCUAAUUAUUUUGGAAAAUGAUGAUCCUGGGGGAGUUUUUGAAUUUUCUCCUACAUCUAGAGGACCCUAUGUUAUAAAAGAAGGGGAAUCUGUAGAGCUCCAUAUCACCCGAUCCAGGGGAGCUCUGGUUAAGCAGUUUCUACACUACCGAGUAGAGCCGAGAGAUAGCAAUGAAUUCUACGGAAACACAGGGGUGCUAGAAUUUAAACCUGGGGAACGAGAGAUCGUAAUCACAUUGUUAUCAAGAUUGGAUGGGAUACCAGAGUUGGAUGAACACUACUGGGUGGUCCUCAGCAGCCAUGGUGAACGGGAAAGCAAGUUGGGAAGUGCCACGGUUGUCAACAUAACAAUUCUAAAAAACGACGAUCCUCAUGGGAUUAUAGAGUUUGUUUCUGAAGAUCUAAUUGUUAUGAUCAAUGAAAGUAAAGGAGACGAUACCUAUAGUGCUGUUUAUGAUGUAGUAAGAAAUCGAGGCAACUUUGGUGUUGUUAGUGUAUCAUGGGUGGUUUGUCCAGACUUUACACAAGAUGUGUUUCCUGUCCAAGGGACUAUUUUCUUUGGAGAUCAGGAAUUUUCGAAAAAUAUCACCAUUUAUUCCCUUCCAGAUGAGAUUCCAGAGGAAAUGGAGGAAUUCACCAUCACUCUACUUAAUGCCACUGGAGGAGCUAAAAUAGGAAAUAGAACUACUGCAACUCUGAGGAUUAGAAGAAAUGAUGACCCCAUUUAUUUUGCAGAACCUCGUGUGGUGAGAGUUCAGGAAGGUGAGACUGCUAACUUUACAGUUCUCAGAAAUGGAUCUGUGGAUGUUGCCUGCACUGUCCAAUAUGCUACCAUGGAUGGGAAGGCUACCGCAAGAGAGGGAGACUUUGUUCCUGUUGAAAAGGGAGAAGCGCUUGUUUUUGCGGUUGGAAAUAGGAAGCAGAGGAUAUCUGUCUUCAUUAAUGAAGAUGAUAUCCCAGAAACAGAUGAGUCUUUUUAUAUAAUCCUCUUUAAUUCAACAGGUGAUACAGUAGUAUAUCAAUAUGGAAUAGCUACAGUGAUAAUUGAAGCUAAUGAUGACCCAAAUGGCAUUUUUUCUCUGGAGCCCAUAGACAAAGCAGUAGAAGAAGGAAAGACUAAUGCAUUUUGGAUUUUGAGGCAUCGCGGACACUUUGGCAAUGUUUCUGUGGCUUGGCAGCUGUUUGAGAAUGAUUCUGCUUUGCAGCCUGGACAGGAGUUCUAUGAAACUUCAGGGAUUGUUAACUUUAUGGAUGGUGAAGAAGCCAAGCCAAUAAUUCUCCAUGCUUUUCCAGAUAAAAUUCCUGAAUUCAAUGAAUUUUAUAUUUUAAAGCUUGUAAACAUUUCAGGUGGAUCUCCAGGUCCUGGGGGCCAACUAGCAGGAACCAACCUCCAGGUGACAGUAAUGAUUCCAUUUAAUGAUGAUCCCUUUGGAAUUUUCAUCUUGGAUCCAGAGUGCUUAGAGAGAGAAGUUGCAGAAGAUGUCCUGUCAGAAGACGAUAUGUCUUAUAUUACCAGUUUUACCAUUUUGAGGCAGCAGGGUGUGUUUGGUGAUGUACGAGUAGGCUGGGAAAUACUGUCCAGUGAGUUCACUGAUGGUUUGCCCCCAAUGAUAGAUUUUUUGCUAGUUGGAAUUUUCCCCAGCACUGUGCAUUUACAGCCGCACAUGCGGCGUCACCACAGUGGAACAGAUGCUUUGUACUUCAGUGGAGUAGAGGGUGCAUUUGGAACUGUUCAUCCAAAAUACCAUCCUUCCAAGAACAACUCAAUUGCCAACUUUACGUUUUCAGCUUGGGUAAUCCCCGAUGCCAAUACAAAUGGAUUUGUUAUAGCAAAGGAUGAUGGUAAUGGAAGCAUCUACUAUGGGGUAAAAAUUCAAACAAAUGAAUCCCAUGUGACACUUUCUCUUCAUUACAAAACUUUGGGUUCCAAUGCUACAUAUAUUGCCAAGACAACAGUCAUGAAAUAUUUAGAAGAAAAUGUUUGGCUUCAUCUUCUCAUUGUCCUGGAUGAUGGUAUAAUUGAAUUCUACCUUGAUGGAAAUGCGAUGCCCAGAGGAAUCAAGAGUCUGAAAGGAGAAGCCAUUAUUGAUGGGCCUGGAAUGCUGAGGAUUGGGGCAGGAAUGAAUGGCAAUGACAGAUUUACAGGUUUGAUGCAGGAUGUGAGGUCCUAUGAGCGGAAACUGACUGUUGAAGAAAUUUAUGAACUUCAUGCUAUGCCAGCCAAGAGUGAUUUACAUCCUGUUUCUGGAUAUCUGGAGUUCAGACAAGGAGAAACUAACAAAUCAUUCAUUAUUUCUGCAAGAGAUGAUAAUGAAGAGGAGGGAGAGGAAUUAUUCAUUCUUAAACUAGUCUCUGUAUAUGGAGGAGCUCGCAUUUCUGAAGAGAAUACUACAGCAAGAUUAAUAAUACAAAAAAGUGACAACGCCAAUGGCUUGUUUGGUUUCACAGGAACUUGUAUCCCAGAGAUUGCAGAGGAGGGAUCCACCAUUUCAUGUGUGGUGGAACGAACCAGAGGAGCUCUGGAUUAUGUGCAUGUUUUUUAUACCAUCUCACAGAUCGAAUCUGAAGGCAUUAAUUACCUUGUUGAUGAUUUUGCUAAUGCCAGUGGAACUAUCACGUUCCUUCCUUGGCAGAGAUCUGAGGUUCUGAAUAUAUAUGUUCUUGAUGAUGAUAUUCCUGAACUUAAUGAGUAUUUCCGUGUGACGCUGGUUUCUGCAAUUCCUGGAGAUGGGAAGCUGGGAUCCAUCCCCACCAGUGGUGCAAGCAUAGACCCUGAAAAGGAAACAACAGAUGUCACCAUCAAAGCUAGUGAUCACCCAUAUGGCUUGCUGCAGUUCUCCACAGGGCUGCCCCCUGAGCCUGAGGACGCGAUGACCCUGCCUGCAAGCAGCAUGCCUCAUGUCACCGUGCAGGAGGAAGAUGGAGAAGUGAGACUAUUGGUCGUCCGGGCACAAGGACUCCUGGGGAGGGUUCUGGCGGAAUUUAGGACGGUGUCACUGACAGCAUUUAGUCCUGAGGACUACCAGAGUGUUUCUGGUACCUUAGAAUUUCAACCAGGAGAAAGAUACAAAUACAUUUCUGUUAACAUCACUGAUAAUUCUGUCCCUGAAUUGGAAAAAUCUUUUAAAGUUGAGUUAUUGAACUUGGAGGGAGGAGUGACUGAAUUCUUUAGGGUUGAUGGCAGUGGUAGUGGUGACGGGGACAUGGAAUUCUUCCUUCCAACUAUUCACAAACAUGCCAGUCUAGGAGUGGCUUCACAAAUUCUAGUGACAAUUGCAGCCUCUGACCAUGCUCAUGGUGUAUUUGAAUUUAGCCCUGAGUCACUCUUUGUCAGUGGAACUGAACCAGAAGAUGGGUACAGCACUGUUACAUUAAAUAUUCUGAGAAACCAUGGAGCUCUGUCUCAAGUGACUUUGCUUUGGAGCAUAGACUCUGAUCCUGAUGGCGAUCUUGCCUUCACCUCUGGCAAUGUCACAUUUGAGAUUGGGCAGAAGAGUGUCAACAUCACAGUGGAAAUUCUUCCGGAUGAAGAUCCAGAACUGGAUAAGGUCUUUUCUGUGUCAAUCAUCAGUGUGUCCAGUGGCUCUUUGGGAGUUCACACUAAUGCCACAUUAACAGUUUUGGCUAGUGAUGAUCCUUGUGGGGUCUUCAUCUUUUCCGAGAAAAAUAGGCCUAUCAAAGUUGAAGAAGCAACCCAGAAUAUCACACUAUCAGUGAUAAGGUUAAAAGGCCUCAUGGGAAAAGUCAUAGUAACAUAUGCAACACUGGAUGAUAUGGAAAAACCACCUUAUUUUCCACCCAGUAUAGCCAGAGCAACUCAAGGAAGAGACUAUAUGCCAGCUUCUGGAUUUGCUCUUUUCAGAGCCAAUCAGAGUGAGGCAACCAUAAGUAUUUCAGUUUUGGAUGAUGAUGAACCAGAAAGGUCGGAGUCUGUGUUUGUUGAACUCCUCAACUCUACUUUAAUAGAGAAAGUACAGAAUCGCCCAAUUCCAAAUUCCCCACGCCUUGGGCCUAAGGUCGAAACCAUUGCUCAACUAAUCAUCAUUGCCAAUGACGAUGCGUUUGGAACUCUUCAGCUCUCGGCACCAGUUGUUCGAGUGGCAGAAAAUCACGUUGGACCCAUUAUCAAUGUGACUAGAGCAGGAGGAGCAUUCGCAGAUGUUUCUGUGAAGUUUAAAGCUGUGCCAAUAACUGCAGUGGCGGGUGAAGAUUAUAGCAUAGCUUCAUCGGAUGUGGUCUUGCUAGAAGGGGAAACCAGUAAAGCUGUGCCAAUAUACAUCAUUAAUGACAUCUACCCUGAACUGGAAGAAUCUUUUCUUGUGCAACUGCUGAAUGAGACAACAGGAGGAGCCAAAUUAGGGGUGUUAACAGAGGCAAUCAUUAUCAUUGAGGCCUCUGAUGACCCCUAUGGAUUAUUUGGUUUUCAGAUUACUAAACUUAUUGUAGAGGAACCUGAGUUUAACUCAGUGAAGGUAAACCUGCCAAUAAUUCGAAAUUCUGGGACACUCGGCAAUGUUACUGUUCAGUGGGUCGCCACCAUUAAUGGACAGCUUGCUACUGGUGACCUGCAAGUUGUCUCAGGUAAUGUGACCUUUGCCCCUGGGGAAACCAUUCAAACCUUGUUGUUAGAGGUCCUGGCUGACGACGUUCCGGAGAUCGAAGAGGUUAUCCAAGUGCAGCUAACUGAUGCCUCUGGUGGAGGUACUAUUGGGUUAGAUCGAGUGGCAAAUAUUAUUAUUCCUGCCAAUGAUAAUCCUUAUGGUACAGUAGCCUUUGUUCAGUCGGUUUAUCGUGUUCAAGAGCCUCUGGAGCGAAGUUCCUGUGCUAACAUAACUGUCAGGCGAAGCGGAGGGCACUUUGGUCGGCUGUUGUUGUUCUACAGUACUUCUGAUAUUGAUGUAGUGGCUCUUGCGGUGGAGGAAGGUCAAGAUUUACUGUCCUACUAUGAAUCGCCAAUUCAAGGGGUGCCUGACCCACUGUGGAGAACUUGGGUGAAUGUCUCUGCAAUGGAGGAACCCCAGUAUACCUGUGCCACUUUGUGUCUCAAAGAACAUGCAUGCUUGGCAUUUUCAUUUUUCAGUGCUUCUGAGGGCCCCCACUGUUUUUGGAUGACAUCAUGGAUCAGUCCAUUGGUUAACAUCUCAGACUCCUGGACCUACAGGAAAAACAUGACAAGGGUAGCAUCUCUGUUUAGUGGUCAGGCUGUGGCUGGGAGUGACUAUGAGCCUGUGACAAGGCAAUGGGCCAUAAUGCUGGAAGGUGAUGAAUUUGCAAAUCUCACAGUUUCUAUUCUUCCUGAUGAUUUCCCAGAGAUGGAUGAGAGUUUUCUAAUUUCUCUCCUUGAAGUUCACCUCAUGAACAUCACAGCCAGUUUUGAAAACCAACCAACCAUAGGACAGCCAAAUACUUCUACAGUUAUCAUAGCAUUAAAUGGUGAUGCCUUUGGAGUGUUUGUGAUCUACAGUAUUAGUCCCAAUACCUCAGAAGAUGGCUUAUAUGUCGAAGUUCAGGAACAGCCCCAAACCACAGUGGAGCUGAUGAUCCUCAGGACGGGGGGCAGCUUAGGUCAGGUGACAGUCGAAUGGCGUGUUGUUGGUGGAACUGCUACUGAAGGUUUAGAUUUUGUAGGUGCUGGAGAUAUUCUGACUUUUGCUGAAGGUGAAACCAAAAAGACGGCCGUCUUAGCCAUUUUGGAUGAUUCUGAGCCAGAGGAUGAUGAAAGCAUCAUAGUUAGUUUGGUGUACACUGAAGGGGGAAGUAGAAUUUUGCCCAGCUCCAGCACUGUUAGAGUGAAUAUUUUGGCCAAUGACAACGUGGCGGGAAUUGUUAGCUUUCACACAACUUCGAGAUCUGUCAUAGGCCAUGAAGGAGAAAUUUUGCAAUUCCAUGUGGUAAGAACACCCCCUGGUCGAGGAAAUGUUUCUGUUAACUGGAAAAUUAUUGGGGAAAAUCUAGAACUCAAUUUUGGUAACUCUACCGGACAACUCUUCUUUCCUGAGGUAUUACUACAAAGAAAAGAUUUAACACAGCUAUGUAGAGAAAACAAUGGGUCAUUGAAUAAAACGAUAUUUGUGCAUUUGUUUGAUGACAACAUUCCUGAAGAGAAAGAAGUAUACCAAGUCCUUCUCUACGAUGUCAGGACACAAGGGGUUCCACCAGCAGGAAUUGCUCUGCUGGAUGCUCAAGGAUAUGCAGCUGUCCUGACUGUAGAAGCCAGUGAUGAACCGCAUGGAGUUUUAAAUUUUGCUCUUUCAUCAAGAUUUGUUUUGCUACAGGAGGCUAACAUGACAGUUCAGCUUUUCAUCAACAGAGAAUUUGGAUCUCUAGGAGCCAUUAAUGUCACAUAUACCACGGUUCCUGGAAUGUUGAGUCUAAAGAACCAAACAGAAGGAAACCUUGCUGAGCCAGAUGUUGACUUUGUCUCAGUAGUUGGCUUUCUGAUUUUAGAAGAAGGGGAAACAGCAGCAGCCAUCAACAUUACUAUAAUUGAGGACGACAUACCAGAGCUAGAAGAAUAUUUCCUUGUGAAUUUAACUUAUGUUGACCUUAUCAUGGCUCCUUUAACUUCAUUUCCUCCUAGACUAGAUUCAGAGGGCUUGACUGCACAAAUUAUUAUUGAUGCCAAUGAUGGUGCUCGAGGUGUAAUCGAAUGGCAACAUAGCAGGUUUGCAGUAAAUGAAACCAAAGGAAGUUUAACAUUGGUAGCUCAGCGAAGCAAAAGGACUCUUGGCCAUGUUUCCUUGUUUGUAUAUGCCCAGAAUUUGGAAGCACAGCUGGGGCUGGAUUACAUCUUCACCCCAUCGAUUCUUCAUUUUGUUGAUGGAGAAAGGUAUAAAAAUAUUGACAUCAUGAUUCUUGAUGAUGACAUUCCAGAAGGAGAUGAAACAUUUCAGCUGGUUUUAACAAAUCCUUCUCCUGGACUAGAGCUGGGGGAAAAAACAAUAGCAUUAAUUACCAUCCUUGCUAAUGAUGAUGGUCCUGGAGUCCUAUCAUUUAACAACAGUGAGCACUUUUUCCUAAGAGAACCGACAGCUCUCUACAUACAGGAGAGUAGUGCACUAUUGUAUGUUGUUCGGGAACCUGCACAAGGACUCUUUGGAACUGUGACAGUUCAGUUCAUUGUGACAGAGGUAAACUCCUCAGUGGAGUCCAAAGAUCUGACCCCUGUCAAAGGCUACAUUGUUUUAGAAGAAGGUGUUCGUUUCAAGGCCCUACACAUUUCUGCCAUAUUGGACACUGAACCAGAGAUGGAUGAGCAUUUUGUAUGCACCUUGUUUAAUCCGACUGGAGGUGCUAGACUGGGGGCACAUGUUCAAACCCUGAUAACAGUUUUGCAAAACCAGGCCCCUCUGGGGUUAUUCAGUAUCUCUGCAGUUGCAAAUAGAGCCACGUUUAUAGACGUUGAAGAAGCCAACAGGACUGUAUAUUUAAACGUGUCACGCACUAAUGGCAUUGAUUUAGCUGUGAGUGUGGAGUGGGAGACAGUAUCUGAAACAGCCUUUGGCAUGAGGGGAAUGGAUGCUGUGUUUUCCAUAGUUCAAAGUUUUUUGGAUGCAUCACCUUCUGGUUGGUGUUUCUUUAUUUUGGAAGAUUCAAUUUAUGGUGUAAUGUUAAGAAAAGUGUCUUCUACUAUUUAUCGAUGGCAAGGGAUUUUUAUACCACUUGAGGAUUUAAAUAUAGAAAAUCCUAAAACUUGUGAGGCAUUUAAUAUUGGUGUUUCCCCUUACUUUGUGAUUACUCAUGAAGAAAGAAAUGAAGAAAAGCCUUCCGUUAUCAGUGUGUAUACAUUCACAUCUGGAUUCAAAUUAUUCUUGGUACAAACGAUCAUUAUUUCGGAAAGUUCUCAAGUAAAAUAUUUUAGUUCAGACAAUCAAGAUUAUUUAAUUGUUGCAAGUCAAAGAGAUGAUUCUGAAUUAACUCAGGUCUUCAGAUGGAGCGGAGAAAGCUUCACCUUGCAUCAGACACUUCCUGUCCGAGGUGUGCUGAGCAUAGCCUUGUUCACCCGAAGAGGCUCUGUGUUCUUAGCCAUUUCCCAGGUUAAUGCCAGGCUAAAUUCCCUUUUACUCAGAUGGUCUGGCAGUGAGUUUAUUAACUUUCAAGAAGUGCCAAUUAGUGGGACAACACAAGUUGAGGCCUUGACUUCAGGAGAUGAUAUUUACUUAAUCUUUGCCAAAACUCUCUCCCUAGGAAAUCAGAAUUCAAUUGAUAUUUUCAUCUGGGAGACAGGACAGUCUUCUUUCAGUUAUUUUCAAUCCCUGGAUUUUACUACCAUUAAUAGGAUCUACGCCUUUACACCAGCUUCAGGAAUAGUCCACAUACUUCUUAUUGGCCAAGCUAUGUCUGCACUUUACUGCUGGAAUUCAGAGCUGAAUCAAUUCUCUUUUAUUCUGGAAGCACCUUCUGCUCAUGAUGCAGCUUCUGUUACAGUAAAGUCCCUUAAUUCAAGCAAGAAUUUAAUUGCUCUAGUGGGAACCAGGCACUCACACAUAUAUGAGCUGGCCUACAUCUCCAGCCAGUCUGACUUUAUUCCUAGUUCAGGUGAACUGAUAUUUGAACCUGGUGACAGAGAAGCUGUAAUAGUGGUAAAUGUCCUUGAUGAUACAGUUCCAGAAGAAGAAGAAUUCUUCGGAGUUGAGCUUAAAAAUCCCAAAGGAGGAGCAGAGAUUGGUAUUAAUGGUUAUGUAAAAAUAACUAUUCUGUCUAAUGAUGAUGCCUAUGGAGUCGUUGGAUUUGCUCAGAAUUCAUUAUAUAAGCAAGUGGAAGAAAUGGAGCAAGAUAGCUUAGUAACCUUAAAUGUUGAGCGCUUAAAAGGAACAUAUGGUCGUAUAACCACAGCGUGGGAAGCUGACGGAAGUAUUAGUGAUGUAUUUCCUACCUCAGGAGUGAUUUCAUUUUCUGAAGGGCAGGCACUAUCUACAAUCACUCUGACUGUUAUGGCUGAUGAUGUACCAGAGUUGUCAGAAAUAGUGACUGUAACACUCGUUCGUGUUACCACAGAAGGGGUUGAGGACCUAUCUAAAGGUGCUACCAUUGAUCAGAAAAGAAACAGAUCUGUGAUAACAACUCUGCCCAAUGAUUCACCUUAUGGCUUAGUGGGUUGGCAUGCUGAGUUUCUCUUCGUUAGAGUAGCAGAGCCUAAAGAGAACAUCACCAUUCUUCAGUUACCCAUUGUUCGAGAUAAAGGACUGUUUGGAGACAUUGCCAUUCACUUGAUAGCUAAACCCAAUUUCUUACUGCACAUCGAUAAUCAAGCUACUGAGAAUGAAGACUUUAUGGUACAAGAAACAAUAAUAAUGAUGAAAGAAAACAUGAAAGAAACUUACAUCAAAGUUGCCAUUUUGCCGGAUAAUGCUCCUGAGUUGGAAGAAGGAUUUAUUGUCAACAUCACUGAGGUGUACCUGGUGAAUUCUGACUUCUCUGCAGGACAGCCAAGUGUGCGGAGACCUGGGAUGGAAAUAGUUGAGAUAAUGAUUGAAGAAAAUGAUGAUCCCAGAGGAAUUUUUAAGUUUCAUGUUACCACAGAUUUUGGUGGAGUUAUUACUGCCUAUGAGGUGCCUCCACCACUGAAUAUUAUUCAAAUUCCUGUAGUCCGGAUGGCUGGAAGCUUUGGGGCAGUAAAUGUUUAUUGGAAAGCAACACUGGAUAGUGCUGGCCUGGAAGACUUUAAGCCAUCUCAUGGGAUUCUUGAAUUUGCAGAUAAACAAGUUACUGCAAUGAUAGAAAUUACCAUAAUUGAUGAUGCUGAACUUGAACUCAUGGAGACGUUCACUAUUUCCUUAAUCAGGGUGGCUGGAGGUGGCAGACUUGGCGAUGACGUUGUGGUAACUGUUGUUAUUCCGCAAAAUGACUCCCCAUUUGGAGUAUUUGGAUUUGAAGAAAAGACUGUAAUGGUUGAUGAAUCUCUUUUGUCUGAUGACCCUGAUUCAUAUGUGACAUUGACAGUUGUCCGGUCCCUAGGAGGAAAAGGAGCUGUUCGACUUCAGUGGACCAUAGAUGAGACAGCUAAAAAUGAUCUCAGGCCUUUGAAUGGGACACUUCUUUUUGAUGAGACAGAGUCUGAAAAGACCAUUGUGUUGCACACGCUUCAUGAUACUGUGCUGGAGGAGGACAGGCAUUUUACCAUUCAGUUGAUACCAAUUGAUGAAGUAGAAAUAUCUCCAGUGAAAGGUAGUGCAUCAAUAAUCAUUCGGGGAGAUAAGGGAACAUCAGGAGAAGUUGGGAUUGCUCCAUCAUCUAAGCAUGUCCUCAUCGGGGAACCCUCAGGAAAAUACAAUGGUACUGCUAUCAUCAGCCUCAUUCGUGGUUCAGCGAUUUGGGGGGAGGUCACUGUGUACUGGAGGAUAUUCCCUCCUUCUGUGGGAGAAUUUGCUGAAAUAUCGGGGAAACUGACAUUGCGAGAUGGACAGUCUGCAGCAGUUGUAAUAAUACAGGCUUUGAAUGAUGACAUUCCUGAGGAGAAGAGCUUCUAUGAGUUUCAGCUCACUGGGGUCAGUGAGGGGGGGAUACUAAGUGAAUCCCGCAGCACUGCUGGUAUCACAGUGGUGGCCAGUGACUUUCCCUAUGGCCGAUUCUCCUUUUCACAUGAGCAACUUCGAGUGUCAGAGGAAGCCAAAAGGGUGAACAUCACAGUCAUCCGUUCAGGUGGAUCAUUGGGUCCUGUGAGACUCUGGUAUGAGACCGUGAGUGGGACAGCAGAGGCAGGCUUGGAUUUUAUCCCUGCAGUGGGGGAGCUGCUCUUUGAAGCAGAGGAGAUGGCAAAAAGUGUGCCGAUUGAAAUACUUGAUGAUGGUCUUCCAGAAGGCCCAGAGGAAUUUUCUCUAGUAAUUACAAAGGUGGAACUCCUGGGAAGCGGGUAUGAUUUUACCAUUCAAGAAAAUGGACUUCAGAUAGAUCAACCUCCUGAAAUAGGAAACAUCUCCAUUAUUCGAAUCAUAAUAAUGAAAAAUGAUAAUGUAGAGGGUGUCAUUGAAUUUGACCCAAGAUACACUGCCUUUGAAGUGGAGGAGGAUGUUGGAGUGAUUAUGAUUCCAGUGGUGAGGCUGCAGGGGACUUAUGGCCAUGUGACUGCUGAUUUCAUCUCUCGGAGUUCCUCUACAGUUCCUGCCGGUGUGGAUUAUAUACUGCAUGGCAGUUCAAUCACCUUUCAGCAUGGACAGAAUUUAAGUUUUAUAAAUGUCUCCAUCAUUGAUGAUAAUGAAAGUGAAUUUGCAGAGCCCGUUGAAAUUUUGCUCAUUGGAGCGACUGGAGGAGCGGUCCUUGGGCGCCACCUAGUGAGCAGAAUCACAAUUGCCAAGAGUGACCCUCCGUUUGGCGUUAUAAGAUUUCUUAAUGAAAGCAACAUUUCUGUUCCUAAUCCCCAUUCCACAAUGAUUUUAUCCUUGCUGCUGGAGCGGGCUGGAGGACUCUUGGGAGAGAUUCAGGUGAACUGGGAGAUAUUAGGACCCAAUUCUCAAGAAGCUUUACCACCACAGAACAGAGACAUUGCAGACCCAGUGAGUGGAUCCUUCUAUUUUGGAGAGGGAGAAGGUGGUGUGAGAACCAUCACUCUGACAAUCUAUCCUCAUGAAGACAUUGAAGUUGAAGAGAUUUUCAUUAUUAAACUUGAACUUGUGAAAGGAGAAGCUAAAUUAGACUCCAGAUCUAAAGAUAUUACUAUAACAAUACAGAAGUUUGGUGAUCCAAAUGGGGUUGUUCAGUUUGCUCCUGAGUCUUUAUCUGAGAAGACCUAUUCAGAGCCGUCGGCUCUGGAAGGGCCCCUGAUCAUUACUUUCUUUGUCAAAAGAGUCAAGGGCAUUUUUGGAGAAAUUAUGGUUUACUGGGAAAUAAGCAGUGUGUUUGACAUUACUGGAGACUUUCUUUCUACAAAAGGAUUUUUCACUAUUGCUGAUGGAGAGAGUGAAGUGAGAUUUGAUGUUCAUCUGCUGCCAGAUGAUAUACCUGAGAUUGAAGAAGAUUAUGUGAUCCGGCUUGUUUCUGUAGAGGGAGGAGCAGAACUGGAUCCAGAGAAAUGCAUCACCCAGUUCUCUGUUUCUGCAAAUGAUGACCCACAUGGAGUAUUUGCUCUGUAUUCAGAUUACCAGUCAAUCCUUGUAGGGCAAAACCUUAGUAGAUUCAUCCAAAUUAAUGUAACCCGGCUUGCUGGAACAUUUGGAGACGUGGCUGUUGGGUUUCGGAUCUCUUCUGACCAAAAGGAGCAGCUAGUUGUUAGUGAAAAUUCAGAGAGGCAGCUGGUGGUCAAAGACGGUGCCAGAUAUAAAGUGGACCUGGUGCCAGUGAGGAGUCAGGUCUUCAUAUCCCUGGGCUCCAAUUUCACCUUGCAACUGCUGACUGUGAUGCUUGUCAGUGGGCGUUUCUACGGCAUGCCAAAAAUUCUCCAGGAAGCAAAAUCCACUGUCCUUCCUGUCCCUGAGAAAGCCGCCAAUUCUCAGGUUGGAUUUGAAUCUACUGCUUUUCCACUCACGGAUGUCACUGCGGGAACAAGCCACGUUGUGAUUUCUAGGAGAGGCACAUAUGGCUCUCUCGUGGUUGCCUGGGUGGCUGGAUAUGCUCCUGGGUUGGAAAUCCCAGAAUUCAUUGUUGUUGGCAAUAUGACCCCAAAAUUAGGGAGCCUUUCAUUUUCUCAUGGAGAACAAAGUAAAGGAGUCUUGCUGUGGACAUUUCCCAGUCCUGGUCGUCCAGAGGCCUUUGUUAUUCACCUCUCUGGGGUGCAGAGCAGUGCCCCUGGUGGGGCUCAACUUCGAUCAGGGUUCACCUUCGCUGAAAUUGAACCAAUGGGAGUCUUUCAAUUUUCCCCUAGUUCAAGAAAUGUCAUCGUGUCAGAGGAUACACAGAUGAUUAGAUUAUAUGUCCAAAGACUCUUUGGGUUCCACGGCGAUCUUAUUAAAGUUUCUUAUCAGACAACUGCAGGUAGUGCAAAGCCCAUGGAAGACUUUGAGCCUGUUCAGAAUGGGGAACUACUUUUUGAAAAAUUCCAACCUGAGGUCAAUAUUGAAAUAAUCAUUAUUAACGAUCAGCUUCCUGAGGAAGAAGAAAUGUUUUACAUUAAUCUUACUUCAGUAGAAAUGAAAGGAUUACAAAAGUUUGAUGCUGAUUGGAGACCACGCCUGAAUCUAGAUUUCAGUGUGGCAUUGAUCUCAAUAUUGGAUAAUGAUGACCUGGCGGGAAUGGGUGUUUCUUUCCCUGAGACAACUGUGGCCAUAGCAGUUGACACAGCUCUCAUUCCUGUAGAAACUGACUUCUCAAGCACAUACCCUGACACAACCACGAUAAAUGCUGUGCCACAGCCCUCUGACAUGGUUGCCAUUGUUCCUGAGGCAACUGGUGUAUCCGCCAUCCCUGAGAAACUUGUCACUGUCCCUGAUACAUCUACCUUGCCUGGGAAGCCCGAGGUGUCCACUGUGACUGCAAAUGUUUCCAUCCAUGGAACAUUUAGUCUUGGGCCACCUGUUGUUUAUGUUGAAGAAGAGGUGAAAAAUGGUACAUCUAAUGCUGUAGAAGUUUUGAUCCGAAGAACUGGUGGGUCUGCUGGCAACGUCAGCAUAACAGUUAAAACUUUUGGUGAAAGGUCUUCUCAGAAGGAACCAAAUGCAUUGCCCUUUCAUGAUAUCUAUGGAAUUUCCAACCUAACGUGGGCAACUGAAGAAGAAGAUUUUGAAGAACAAACUGUUACCCUUACAUUUGUAGAUGGAGAAAGAGAACAUAAAGUAUUGGUUCAAAUUUUGGAUGAUGAUGAGCCCGAGGGGCAAGAAUUCUUCUAUGUGUUUCUCACAGACCCUCAAGGAGGAGCACAGAUUGUGAAGGGGAAGGAUGAUGGUGGAUUUGCAGCCUUUGCCAUGGUCAUUAUUACAGGGAGUGAUCUUCACAAUGGCAUCAUCGGGUUCAGUGAGGAGUCCCAGAGUGGACUGGAGCUGGGUGAAGGAGCUGAUAAGAACAGACUGCAUCUUACUGUCACACGGCAACCAAACAGGGCCUUUGAAGAUGUCAGGAUCUUUUGGCGAGUCACAUUUAACAAAACAGCUGCCGUACUCCAGAAAGAUGGUGUGAACCUGAUGGAUGAACUUCUAUCUGUAUCAGGGACCACAACCUGUACAGUGGGUCAAACAAAGUGCCUUGUCACCAUUGAGCUCAAACUGGGGAAGAUACCUCGAGUUGAAAUGCAAUUUUUUGUGGAAUUGUAUGAAGUAAGUGCUGGGGCAGCAAUAAACAAUAGUGCCAGAUUUGCACAAAUUAAAUUCUUACGGAGUGAGAAAUCUCAAAGCCUCGUGUAUUUUUCUGUGGGUUCUCGACUGCCAGUGGCUCAUAAGAAGGCCACUUUAAUCAGUUUGCAGGUGGCCAGAGAUGCUGGGACAGGACUAAUGAUGUCUGUUAACUUCAGUACCCAGGAGUUGAGGAGUGCUGAAAAAAUUGGCCGUACUGUCAUCUCUCCAGCUCUUUCAGGGAAGGAUUUUGUGAGAACUGAAGGCACUUUGGUCUUUGAACCUGGCCAGAGGAACACCAUACUGGAUGUCAUCCUAACACCAGACACAGGGUCUUUAAAUCCUUUUCCUAAACGCUUCCAGAUUGUUCUCUUUGACCCAAAAGGUGGGGCCAGAAUUGACAAAGUAUAUGGGACUGCUAACAUCACUCUCGUUUCUGAUGCGGAUUCACAGUCCUUUUGGGGACUUGCGGAUCAGUUACAGCAGCCCCUGGAUGGUGACAUUCUUAACAGAGUACUCCACAGCAUCAGCAUGAAAGUGGCAAUGGAGAACACAGAUGAACAGCUCAGCGCCGUGAUUCAUUUAACAGAUAAGAUAACUGUUGAAGGAAAAAGACAGGCAUUCAGUAUUGAAAAUCGAAAUCUUUUUUAUGAAAUACUCUGUGCUCUUAUUAACCCAAAGCGCAAAGACACUAGGGGAUUCAGUCACUUCAUUGAAGUGACUGAGAAUUUUGCCUUUUCUCUGCUGACUGAUGUUACCUGUGGCUCUCCUGGUGAAAAAAGCAAGACCAUCCUUAACAGUUGCCCCUAUUUGUCCAUACUGGCUCUUCACUGGUAUCCUCAACAAAUCAAUGGUCACAAGUUUGAAGGAAAAGAAGGUGAUUAUAUUCGAGUUCCAGAGAGGUUAUUGGAGGUUCCAGAUGCAGAAAUAAUGGCUGGAAAAAGGACUUGUGAAUUAGUCCAGUUUACAGAGUAUAGCAGCCAGCAGUGGUUUAUAACUGGAAACAGUCUUCAUGCCCUGAAAAAUAAGGUACUAUCUUUGAGUGUGAAAGGACAGAGUUCACAACUCUUGACUGACAACAAUGAAGUUCUCUAUAGGAUUUAUGCUGCUGAGCCCAGGAUUAUUCCCCACACGUCUCUGUGCCUCCUUUGGAAUCAGGCUGCUGCAAGCUGGUUGUCUGACAGUCAGUUUUGCAAAGUGGUUGAGGACACUUCAGACUACGUGGAAUGUGCCUGUUCAUACAUGUCCAUGCAUGCGAUCUACGCCGAGACUGACAACUUAUCUUCAUACAAUGAAGCUUUUUUCUCUUCUGGAUUUAUAUGUAUCUCAGGUCUUGGCCUGGCUGUCCUUUCCCAUAUCUUCUGUGCCAGGCACUCCAUGUUUGCAGCUAAGCUUCUGGCUCACAUGAUGGCAGCCAGCUUAGGUACACAGAUUGUGUUCCUGGCUUCUGCAUAUGCAAGUCCCCAACUCACAGAUGAGAGCUGUUCGGCCAUGGCUGCUGUCACACAUUACCUGUAUCUUUGCCAGUUCAGCUGGAUGCUCAUUCAGUCUGUGAAUUUCUGGUACGUACUGGUGAUGAAUGAUGAACACUCAGAGAGGCGAUAUCUACUAUUUUUCCUUCUGAGUUGGGGACUUCCAGCUUUUGUGGUGAUUCUCCUCAUAGUUAUUUUGAGAGGAAUCUAUCAUCAGAGCAUGCCACAGAUCUAUGGACUCAUCCAUGGUGACCUGUGUUUCAUCCCAAACAUCUAUGCGGCUCUCUUCACUGGGGCUCUUGUUCCUUUAACGUGCCUUGUGGUAGUGUUUGUGGUGUUCAUCCAUGCCUACCAGGUGAAGCCACAGUGGAAAGCAUAUGACGACAUCUUCAGAGGAAGAACAAAUGCUGCAGAAGUCCCGCUGGUUUUAUGUCUCUUUGCCCUGAUUUCUGUGACAUGGCUUUGGGGAGGCCUGCACAUGGCUUACAGACACUUCUGGAUGUUGGUCCUCUUUGUCAUUUUCAACAGUCUACAGGGACUUUAUGUUUUUGUGGUUUAUUUCAUUCUGCACAACCAGACGUGCUGCCCUAUGAAGGCCAGCUACACAGUGGAAAUGAAUGGACACCCUGGACCCAGCACAGCCUUCUUCACACCAGGGAGUGGCAUGCCUCCUGCUGGAGGGGAAAUCAGCAAGUCCACGCAGAACCUUAUCAGUGCUAUGGAGGAGGUGCCACCUGAUUGGGAGAGAGCAUCCUUCCAACAAGCCAGUCAGGCCAGCCCUGACCUGAAGCCAAGUCCGCAGAAUGGCGCCACAUUUCCUUCCUCUGGAGGAUAUGGCCAGGGGUCACUAAUAGCUGAUGAGGAGUCCCAGGAGUUUGAUGACUUGAUAUUUGCAUUAAAAACUGGUGCUGGUCUCAGUGUCAGUGAUAAUGAAUCGGGUCAAGGGAGCCAGGAGGGAGGCACCUUGACUGACUCCCAGAUCGUGGAACUCAGGAGGAUACCCAUUGCUGACACCCACCUCUAGCGCCUUAGUGACCAUUAGAAUGAUACUUUCGUAUUUGUAUUGGUUUUGAACUAAAACUCUAAUUUUUUACAUACAGCUCUAUAAUAGGAACCUAUGAAUUGUACUGGAUGAUUAACCCAGAAGUGAUUGUUGUGUUGGGAAUAUGAGUUACUUAUCUUUGUGCAACCUGAAAAUUCAUUGCUAUGAUGAAGACUGGAUCAAUUUCUAUCCCUUAUACCAUAUAUUCCAAGAAUACUAGUUGUUUUUUUAAUCAUCCUGCAUGCCUAACAUUGUUUAAUAAAAGUAAUAACAAUCAAUAAAAACAAUAGAAUCCA